CGAUUCUGGUCCUCGAUUCAGCGCCGCGAAACCAAAACCCAGUCACCGUCCUUCUUCGAUCGCAGCAUGCGACGACACCGGCGAGCAAUCACGGGCGACGACGGUCAGGUAGGGUUGGCGAUCACGUGGCUACCCUUCUUCUUCCCCAAUCGAACAACGGUGGGAGCAAUCGGGAUUGGCUCUUUCCGGCGUAGACCUCAACCCGCGAUUGCGACUCGUAGCAGUUGUCGCGAAGGGCAGGCGUAUUCAGGCGACUGGGCAGAAACUCUGGCGAUGCGCAGUGGCGAUCGACGACUUCUCUCCGGCGACGGACAACUGCGGUGACCCAGAAACUCCGGCGACUUCCAGGCCAUGAAGGUUAGGUUCGGGCAGUGAUUUUUUACCAUGGACAGCAGAAGGUGAGACCGAGCAGCAAUGAUAACAGAUCUGGGCGGGCUUGCUCGGGCAGCAGUACCGGACUGUGCAGUAGGGCACGGGUGACUCCGUUUGAGUAAAGUUCUCCCUUUAAUCAAAUUGAAUGAAACGAGGUGGUUGUGGAAGAUUGAUUCUGGAAUCCAUCCCGGAGAGCAGCAUGACGGAGGAGAUGUACGGAUGCAGGGAUUUAAUGUUCGACUUAAUUAUAAGGCUUCCGCACUGUUUGUAUAAACUCCGAUAUGUAUUUAAAUGAUUUUGAAUUUUUUGGGUUUUAAAUUAAAUGUUUUAAUUUAUUGGAAAAUAAUGUAUCUGGAUACCAAUUUAGUAGCAACCCAGUUCGCUAACCUAUUUAUUCGGGUUAUGCGGGUUGGGGUGUUACAAAGACCGCGUUGAAGAAAACUCUGGUGUCGUC